GUCGUAUACGAUUUCGCCGGCCUCAUUCAACCGAUAUCAGCUGCGCGCCGAAGAGCUGGUCAGUGCCCUUGGCUGGGACUCUCUUCUGGAAAGGCAAAGAUUUACCUACUAUCCGGAGGCCGUGCGCACCUUUUUAUGCAUACAUGCGGCGCAUCAGUGGUCCUAGUUCAGCUACUAUGACCACCACGGUGAAUUGACACACUAUCACUAUCACCGUGGAUCUUCUGUCUCGAGUGUUGCAUCUCUCCACUAAAGGUCGUGAGGUAAUGAGUGAAGCUGAUUUUUAUCGAUAUGGUUUUAGCCCUCGCGAAGCCAUCUCUCGGUUGUCCUCAAUUGAGACAAUUGGCUCCAACUCUACUAAUCUGAGAUGUCUUCCCGAUGAAUUGAAGGUGCUUCACUUUUACAUCACCCGGGUUUUCCUUCCUUGAACUGUCGACCGUUCGACGGUUAUACCCCUCGAUCUCUGGAUCAUGUUCAAUGCGGUGUCCUACCGCAAGUUGAGCUAUCCUCAUCUCAUGCUCCACCAUAUGAUGGUCUACAAUGAUCAUCAGAACGGCGGAUACCUUCCUUUUGCCCCGCAGAUUUCUCAUUUCCUCCAAUGCCUAGGGAUUGAUCUUGAGGAUAAAGCCUCCUCAGUUAAUGUGCUUGACACACUUUGUGCGCAGCAUGUUCUUCGUCGUGUGGAUGCUUCAGUCGGCGUUCGUAAGCUUCAUAGUGCUCAAGGGGGAGAAAAGGCUGCAGCAGAUAUUGGCAAUACAGAAGCCGAUCUUGCAGCUUUUCGCAGAUGCUUGGAAGGCAUAUCAAAGGAUAAUAGUAAAAGGAAACUGACAGAUAGGAGUAAGGGGGAGCCAUCACGACCAACCACACUAGGAAAGAGCAUUCAGAUACUCACCAAUGUCGGAGUAGGGGUGGUAUUCAGUCGGUAAAUGGUAAACCGUUUACCGAAUUUACCGGUUUAGGUAUACCGACAGUGGCUAAAUUGGAAUCGAUUACCGAUACCGGUUUGUAACCGGUUUACCGAUUACCGAAUUACCAGUAAACGGUUACAAACCGGUAUUACCAAAAUACAGUGAGACGCGACGUCGGGCGGCGGGGAAGCCGGAAGGUGGCGGAGAUGGCUGAGUCGCUGGGUAGGGGUUUUCCUAGGGACGAACAAAAAUGGCAUCCUCUGCUCUCAACUUCGUCACCGUCAACCCAAAGCUCCAGCAAUCCCCGAAACCCACUCCACCCUCCCACAGAUUCACCACCGCCAGAAGAUUCCUCUCCUCCCUCCGCCCAAUCAAAGCCUCCAUAUUCG